AGCGAAUACCUCCUUUAUUUUUCUUUAUAUUUAGUAUUAUUUAUUUAUUUAUUUUGUUUAUUUUGGUCUUCUUUGUCUUCCCUAAACAAAUCCUCCGACCGCCGGCCCUACCCCAAUCCGCCACCUUCCGCCACCGCCGCACCAUAACACCUUCCCAGCGACCGGCCAUCUUUCAGCUCCGGGCCUCACAGUAAGCUCCUAUCUAACAAAUUUUAUCCUCGGCUUGUGUCCGACUCCAUCCGUGCCUCAAUUCGCCGUCGCAGUUCCCGCCGGAACUUAAAACCUUGAUUUCAAUCUCGAUGCGGCCCUCUCACUCAUCUAUUCCCAUUCCAAUCGCUUAGCGAGCGUAAAAUCAAUCGAUUUCUCGGUCGUUUUUAUAAAUCUGAUUCCACUGCCGAUUCAUCCUUGAUAUUAUCUGGAGAAUCAUGAAUGCUACCGUGUUACAUUGUUCCUUUGUCUCCACCGCUUCGAGGAGCAAUAGCUCGAGUCUCUCACCGUUUUCGACUGCUCCUCCAGUAAAUAAGAGGAAGGGAUUGUGUGUGAAAGUCACCUUAGCUGAUACCGGACACUCCGGUGAUGACUCUUCCUCUUCUUCCUCUCAGUCGAAAAACCCGCUCUCCGCAGUGAUUGAUCUGCCGCGAACCAUCUGGAAGCGAACUUUGAGGCCGUUGAACGACUUCGGUUUUGGUCGGAGAAGCAUAUGGGAAGGAGGCGUAGGGUUGUUCAUUGUUUCGGGAACAGUUCUAUUAGCUCUCAGUCUGGCUUGGUUGAGAGGUUUCCACUUGCGGUCGAAGUUUAGAAAGUAUUUAGCUGUAUUCGAAUUCGACCACGCCAGUGGCAUCUGCACCGGAACGCCCGUUAGGAUUCGAGGUGUGAAUGUUGGCAAUGUGGUUCGUGUCAAUCCUUCUUUGAAAAGCAUAGAAGCGGUAGUUGAGGUUGAGGAUGAAAAGAUUAUAAUUCCUCGGAACUCAGUGGUUGAAGUGAACCAGUCUGGUCUGCUCAUGGAAACCCUCAUUGAUAUUACUCCUGGAAAUCCCCUUCCUACGCCUUCUGUAGGGCCUCUCAGCGAGGGUUGUGCUAAAGAAGGAUUGAUUGUAUGUGAUCGGCAAAAGAUAAAAGGGCAGCGAGGGGUGAGUUUGGAUGAGUUAGUUGGAAUCUUUACCCGCAUUGGACGAGACAUGGAGAAAAUUGGGGUUGCCAAUUCUUUUUCCUUGGCUGAGAGGGUCACUGCUGUUGUCGAAGAGACACGGCCACUGCUUAGAAAGGUCAAAGCCAUGGCUGAAGAUGUAGAACCAUUGCUGGCUGAAUUUAAUGAUAGAGGCUUGCUAAAGGAAGUUGAAAAUUUGACCAAAAGCCUGACACUAGCUUCUGAGGAUUUGAGAAAGGUGAAUUCAGCCAUCAUGACUCCCGAAAACACUGAACUAAUUCAGAAGUCCAUCUACUCCCUCAUUUUCACCUUGAAGAACAUCGAGAGUAUAAGCUCCGAUGUACUGGGAUUCACUGGGGACGAAGCAACAAGAAAGAACCUAAAAAUGCUCAUCAAAUCUCUAAGCAGGCUUCUGUGAAGAAAGUCAGACUAGGUUGGUUGGUUCUUCUUCUGUCUCCAUAACCGACAUCGUCGUUGUAGGCAUAUAGCAAACACAUUGAAGGGAUCUACAGUCUGGUGCAUUUCUUCUAAAGGGUAAAAGUCUUCUCUGAAGUUUAGCAUUUUCAGCAAUGUAGUAUUUCUUGAAUUGCCACUUAAAUUUUAAAUAAUAUCUUUGUAGAGAUCAUAUGUUGGAAUUCAUCCCGGAACUACUUUUGAUUCAUGCUAAACCAAACUCCUGUUGGCAA